CGAUGCUGGAGAUAUGAGGACUCGCCUGCGAAAUCAUCCAUCCAUCCUCUUCCCUCACUUCGACCGCUGUGGCCUGCGGCAGCAGUACUGUAACCCCCAGAACACACCCCAUCCAUGACCCCCGCCUCCAGAUGCCACCUGCACCCCGUCGACCAAUUUCUCCUUUAGCUCUCGAGACAUGCGCGCCGCUCGACACCGAUACCGAUACCUGUUCGCUGGCGGGCUCGGAUGAUGAGCUUGACCCGGGCCAGCUCCUAGCGCAGCGCCGGAGGAUUGAAAGGCUCGGAGAGGCGUAUCUGAAGGGCACGCCUCUCUUCAUUCUUUCCGCGUCUCUUCGAGGUCCGCUGGACAAAAACUGGGUGAAUCCAUGGAAAAAGUAUAGGAGGAACGACAACGGUCCGACGGAGCCACAAGUCAUACCGGAAACCAACUCUCGCAAGCGCCGACACCACCAGAGCCCGCCGGUCGCCACUCACUCGAAACCGACAGAUACGCGGCGAGCGUCAUCUCACGCUGAGACACCUCGCAAAGCCGUGCCAAGGAUUGAUUCUAGGGACAGAACAAUUCGGCUGGAACCACCGGCAUCUGGGAGUCGGUCUCCUCGUUUUAUCCAAUCGAACAGUACGGACACGCGCUGGUUGAAAAAGGACAAGGUUUCUACGCGGUUUCAGACUAUCGACCCUCCAACAUCUCCAACAGCCAGUAUAUCUAUCCGUCAGCCGAAAGGAGGCGUGUCAACCGGCUCUCCGUCAGUUAGCGGAGCAGGAACGGCCAGCUUUGACUCGGCUAGACCUCUGAGAAUUCAGCGACCCAAACCAUCGGCACAUCAUAAGUCAAGCCCUACGUCUAGAUCGGAGACAUAUUCUGCUCUUUCAGAUGGCCGUGCACCUGAAGCUAAUUCACGAAAUGAUGACUCGCAAUCUGGAAACGGCGGUGGAUCGGUUUAUGUGGUAUCAUCAUCAUCUCAGUUACCGAAAUUUGAAUACCGGCUGAAACAACGCCGAGAAUCAUAUGCAAAGGUAAAGAAUCCGCCUCUUCCCCAGCGGACAGAGGAUAAAGUUGGCGAAGCUGCGGCUGUUGAGGAUGGGGCCGAACAGCCUCCGCGAAAGUCGCCUCUAGAGCUACAUCCUGAACCUACUGCUAGGCGAAAAGCGGGGGACUCGCUAACAUGGACAAACACUCCUAAUACCAUUGAGAAUCCUUCAGCAGAAUUACUGGACGAAGCGCAGGCUAGUCAGACAAAAAUAAGUACCACAAGUGAAAACAACCUACCAUCCGCGCAACAUGCACCUGGCAAUCCGCCGCCUCCUGAUAACCUUACGUCCCUUUAUUCGAUUGCAGUGUCUAAGGCCACUUCAAAUCGUACUGAAGAUCAAACCAAUGAUCAACACUAUUCAACCCAAGCGGCCGUCAUGAUGGCACAGAAGUCUUUCCAAAAUGACCUCCGAAGUCCGAGAGAUACUUCACAGACGUCGGCAAAAAAAAGACGGGCAUCUCAAUCAUCAAGUAAACAAUCCCCAAAUCCAGUCAACAUCACUCCAUUCCACAAGCUGAAUGAUCCUGGCCUGGAUACUGUCGACGGAGUCGGUAACCGAGAGAAUGGAGUACCGCUGAUCAGUACGCAAUACAUCAUCGACGCCGCGACACCUUUCACGUUCAGUACGGAGAAGAAGGCUGGAUUCCGCACGCUAUCGUCUGGCAUGGAUAAAUCAAAGACCAAGAAACGAAGAACGACUAGCUUCGCAGUUUCGUCACCAUCUGGAGCUCCAUCGGAUCAUUUGACAUCCGACGAAGAGGGUGCUAAAAACGCAAUGCAGGAUCAGCCCGCAGGGACCGGUGCUUCGCCUUCCGGAUCGCAACGGAGCGCUUUCCCAAUGACUUUGACCGGCACAACGCCACCGACGGCUCAGGAAGCUCGAAACGCGGAGAGCUUUGAUUUAAGCCAGGCGAUUGCGGAGGCCGGCAGCUGGUUGCAACAAAGUUUCGAGAUCAAUAAGGACAUCACUCAUUGCAGGACUACUGCGCUUCCUCAGUCUUAUUCUGCAAACCCAACACAUUGA